GAUGUGGGUAUGCUGACAUCUGCAAGCCAGAGGUUUGACUGAAGACGACCGCAGUCCGGCUGACAAACAACGGCCUUAGCAACGUCGAGGAAACUUCGAGACAUGUAACUUGCUUUGAAGAGGCUUGUGUCCUGUAGGGCACCCCGAAGCUCAGCCAGUCACGGUGCCUCCCUGGGCUUUCCGUCAUGAGGGGGCGUUGCUCUCGGAAACUUGGUGUGCUGGCCAAGGCCGGCUUCCUGCUCUGGGUCCUGUGGCUGGGCUACCUUCUGUUAGCGCGCUCCUCCUUCCCUUCCGCUUCCUCUAUGGAGGAGGAAGACGAGGACCCCCAUGUUGUGGUGAGACGGCUCUCGUUGGAGGAGAAUGGGGCUGAUGGACAGUUGGCUAGGCCCCUUUACAUUAAGCCAUCACCAGACAACAAUGCACCGGGGGAGUGGGGUCGAGCCACUCACCUCAACCUCAGUCCUGAGGAAAAAAAGCUGGAGCAGGACAGUGUGGAGCGCUAUGCUAUCAAUAUAUAUGUCAGUGAUAAGAUUUCCCUCCAUCGUCACAUCCAGGACCACAGGAUGAAUGAAUGCCGAAGUAAGAAGUUUGACUACCGGCGUUUACCCACAACCUCUGUGAUCAUAGCCUUCUACAACGAGGCCUGGUCCACACUACUGAGGACUAUUCACAGUGUCCUGGAGACCACACCUGCCAUCCUGUUGAAAGAGAUCAUCCUCAUUGAUGACUACAGUGACCGAGGCUAUCUGAAGUCUCAACUAGCUGAAUACAUGAGUAAUCUGGAACGUGUGCGUCUCAUCCGCACCAACAAGAGGGAGGGACUCGUCCGGGCACGUCUCAUUGGUGCCACCUAUGCUACGGGUGAUGUACUGACAUUUCUUGAUUGCCACUGUGAGUGUGUCCCCGGCUGGAUCGAGCCUCUGCUGGAAAGGAUCGGAGAGAAUGCCAGUACCAUUGUGUGCCCUGUGAUCGACACCAUCGACUGGAACACCUUUGAGUUUUACAUGCAGACUGAUGAGCCGAUGAUCGGAGGUUUUGACUGGAGACUCACCUUUCAGUGGCACUCGGUCCCUGAAGUGGAACGCAAGAGGCGCAAGUCUCGCAUUGACCCCAUCAGAUCUCCAACAAUGGCAGGUGGAUUAUUUGCAGUGAGCAAGGCCUAUUUUGAACAUCUGGGCACAUAUGACAUGGGCAUGGAGGUGUGGGGAGGAGAAAACCUGGAGCUCUCCUUCAGGGUGUGGCAGUGUGGGGGCAGCCUGGAGAUUCACCCCUGCUCUCAUGUGGGCCAUGUGUUCCCUAAAAAGGCCCCUUAUGCACGGCCCAACUUCCUCCAGAAUACUGUCCGAGCUGCAGAGGUUUGGAUGGACUCAUAUAAACAACACUUCUACAACAGGAAUCCCCCAGCUAAAAAGGAGAACUACAGGGAUAUCUCUGAGCGGCUGCUGCUCAGGGAGAGACUGAAAUGCAAUAGUUUUGACUGGUAUCUGAAGAAUAUCUACCCUGACCUUCAUGUACCUGAGGACAGGGAGGGCUGGCACGGAGCUGUGCGAAGCUCAGGGAUACCGUCAGAGUGUCUGGACUAUAACUCCCCAGAGCACAGUCCCACGGGUGCCCACCUUUCUCUGUUUGGCUGCCACGGCCAGGGAGGCAAUCAGUACUUUGAAUACACGUCACAAAAGGAGAUCCGUUUCAACUCGGUGACAGAGCUGUGUGCUGAGGUACUCGAGGGACAGACGUCCAUCGGUAUGAGGCACUGCCCCGGUGAUGGGGAGCUCAGACCUGCCAGCAUCACCUGGGAGUUCAGAAAGGACGGGACCAUCUACCACCCUCACUCUGACAUGUGUGUGACAGCCUACCGCACACCCGAGGGCCGCACAGACACUCAGAUGAGGCAAUGUUCCCCUGGAGACAAAAACCAGCAGUGGAAGUUCGAGUGGUAGGAAGAGAAAGAGAAAGUUGCGCAGAACCUCAAGUGACCUUCUUUUACCAUAGUGCAAUUACUACAGUGGAUGUCCUCUCUCCAAGACUGCUCUCCAUUUGAAUGGGAACGCCGAGCAAAUGAAAGGUGGUGAAACAGUCACUUUAAGCCAAUGAAUCACCCAAUUCAGCGCUUUUAUACCCAACUGAAUGACUGAAUAAGUGCCGAUCGCGGCAGAGUGAAUGAGAAUUGAAAGGCGAGGUUUAUGUAGUGUGAACUUGAGACUUCUGCUUUCGUGUUGCUUUUCAUCCAAGUGCCUCUGCAACAAGAACGGAGUCCUGCGCACAUCUUAAGUGUCAUUAUUGUCACGUGUCCGUUCAUCUAAUGCAACAACUUGAAAACAGUGGAACUGAUUUGACUGUCCAGCGCGUGAAGAAGUGCCUUUGAAGCAUUUCCCAGAAAACGUGCAAAAUCGUACUGCACUAAAAAUGUUACCUUGAUGUGCAAUUAAUAUGAAUUAUAUUGUUAAAUUCUUGUGCUUGUUUGUGGAGUUGUCAAAAAAAAAUAAAAAAAAGCAGGCUGCUCAAAGAAGACUUGCCAAGAAUGUAAGGUCAGCAGCAUUCUGCCCCAAACCAGCCACUUCCUAACAUGCUCUAUCAUGUGAGAGGGAAACGGGAAGAGAGUGCCGUGGUCAUACUAGACUGCCUCUCAAUUCCAUGUUGUGUCAGUGAAACCAGUUUCAUGGCAGAAUGCUGCCUGAACAAGACUUGAAGCAUUCAUUAUGCACUUGGACUAAGUGCAAUUUUGCUCCACAGGACCCAGUGAGUUGACAGGAGUGUUGUAAUCUAUUCUUCCCUGUUGUGUAAAAUUAAGAAUACUGUCUAAACUCAUCUGUCAGUGUGCCUUUGAAAAGGUUGUCAUCUUUAGAGAACUCAUUUGUGCCGAAAUGAAACAUGCCAGCGGAUGUCAAUUGUAUUGUGAGAUGUGUUUUUAAAUGCUAAAAACAACACUGGUUUGAUGCACUUGAUUUUAUUUAGACACAAAAAGCCUUAAAGGGAGCGCCUGCUUAAUUUAAUCCUUUAAUUUGGCAGUGCCAGGCUGUUUUGUGAAGAUUCCUGUGUGUAAAUCGUACUUGAAGCAGCAUAAAAAAAACACUCCUGUUUUGUUUUUUCCCACUAAAGACCUAUUGGUGUUUCUCCUGGGAUUCAAUGACCAAGAAAUGCAGUGUAACUGCUGUUGAGAUGUUUGUUGAAUUGCAGCUGUAUGCUGAGGACUGCUUCUCACUGUACAAUGUCUGGUGUCUGUGGUCCUUUGAAAUCAUGAAUAUUUGAUUUUCAUACUAGUCAAUGGAUACAGUACAUGUUAAGAUGACUCCUGUUUUGUGUUACUUCUUAAUAAUGUUUGGUUUGAGGGACCAGGGUGAGACAGUGCUAUUGUUAUGCACCUUUAAAACUACUGAUAAUGCAAAAAAGGGACGGUGGUGAGGAUUACUUGAUAUGAAGAAGAGGGUGACUGAAAUGGGAUGGAUGUUUCAGUGAUGAUUAAAGCGGUUGGGAUGAUUGAAAGAAUAAAAAAAAAACUAACCACAAA